AUGUCAGCUUCUGAAACAGAUCACGUUGAUAAGAAACCUAAGGUUGAGAUUUCUGAAUCUCAACAGCAAGAAGAAAAACAAGAACAGCAGGAAAAUUUAUUCAAGCCGGUUGGGGAAGUUGCCGCUGAAACUGAAGAUGAACCUCAAGCAGUUGUUAAUCAAGGAUUGAGAAAGACCGGUGCAGAGGAUGCACAAGGCCAUGCGGUCCAGGAGAUUGAAUCUCUGUGUAUGAACUGUCAUAAACAGGGUGUCACGCGGUUAUUGUUGACAUCGAUUCCAUAUUUUAAGGAGAUAGUCUUGAUGUCAUUUCAAUGUCCACAUUGUGGAUUCAGAAACUCGGAAAUUCAAGAAGCUUCAGAAAUCCAAGAAAAAGGUGCAACAUAUAUCCUCAAGAUUGAGUGUGCCAAAGAUUUUGAAAGGCAAGUUGUCAAAUCCCACACUUGUACCAGUAAAUUUUUGGAAUUGGACUUUGAAAUCCCACCACAGAGAGGUCAGUUAACUUCACCUGAAGGUUUACUCAAUGAAACUGUUGAAAAUUUGAAACAGUCACAAGCAGAGAGAAAAGAAUCACAGCCAGAAGUAUACAAUAAAAUUGAAGAAUUUAUUUCCAAAGUUCAGAAAUGUCUGAAUUGUGAAGAAGGUUCAUUGCCAUUAACUUUGGUUUUGGAUGAUCCAGCAGGUAACUCUUGGAUUGAAUAUGUUCCUGGGGAGCCACAGCAUAAGUGGAGUUGUACGUGGUACCCAAGAUCUCCAGCACAGAAUGUGCAACUAGGUCUAAUUUCAGAGGAUGAAGUUGCACAGCGUGAAAGAGAAAUCAAUAAGGCAAAGGCAGCUGAAGCCAAAAAACUAGUCGAAUCCAAGAACAACGUUGAAGAUAACAAUCCAAGAUCUCAUAUAGUGGGUGGUGAUUCCGAGAUUGAGAACUUUGAAAAUGAGGUUGAAACCUUCCGUGCCACUUGUUCUGGUUGUUAUGCACCAUGUUAUACACAUAUGAAAUUGGUGAAUAUUCCUCAUUUCAAGGACGUUGUCAUCAUGUCGACAACUUGUGACCAUUGCGGUUACAAGUCUAAUGAGGUGAAAACUGGCGGUGAAAUCCCUCCGCACGGUACUAAAAUCACUCUAUACUGUGAUGACCCUGAAGAUCUAGCCCGUGAUAUCCUAAAAUCCGAGACUUGCGGUAUGCAAAUUCCGGAGCUCAAUCUUGAUUUGACACCUGGUACACUUGGUGGCAGAUUCACAACCAUUGAAGGUUUGUUACGUCAAGUUAAGGAUGAAUUACAUGCGAGAGUUUUCACCCAAACGUCAGACUCAAUGGCACCCGAUGUUAAGGCAAGAUGGAACACAUUUUUUGAUAACUUGGAUAAGGCAAUUGAUGGUAAAAUCAAGUUCACUGUCCACAUGACCGAUCCCCUAUCUUCUUCUUAUAUCCAGAAUGUUUAUGCCCCAGAUCCAGAUCCGAACAUGAAGAUCGAACAGUACGAAAGAACACAAGAGGAAAAUGAAGAGCUCGGGUUACUUGAUAUGAAGACAGAAAAUUACGACCAAGCUACUUGA